AACGGAGGGCCCGAGAUGGCACCCAGACGCAAGGCCGAGGCACCUGACCAGCCUGCCUGGGUUCUGCGUAGGAGAUGUCACCGAGAGACCCUCUAGCCUGGUACGGCCCUCUGCUGAUCGUGUGCUGCAGCCUUCAAGGUAAGGAUUAUGACAAGAUCCCUCAAGAAUCCCCUGGAGGAUUCCCUGAAGGAUUACCUGAAGUUCCAGAAGACCUCCUGACAGCUUGGGAUGAACCUUCAUCUGAGACAGAUGAUGAAAACCCUGAUGUGCUGGAAACCAUUCCUAUGGAAGAAAGUGACAGUGUGCCGGGCUCAAAUACAAAAAUAGAACCAAUACAGGAUACCAACCCACUUAUUGAGCCUCAGGAGUUUUCAGAUUCAGCUGCUGGGCAAAAACCUGAGACUUCUGGACACUGUGACCCGAGCAAGUACUACAUCCUAGGGACAGUAGCAGCCUCGGCUUUGCUUCUGCUUGGGGCAGUGUGUGGGUAUAUUGUCAUGUAUCAGCUGCUGAAGAGAGACAGGAGGACCCAGGAAGACAAAGAAGCACUAGGACAAGUCGACACUGAUUCUUCCUGGGAAAGCCAUGGUCAUCCUAGAGGUAAAGGUGAAGCAGAGUCAGGAGGAGGACCAGGAAGGGAUGAGAAAGCCCAAGCCAACAGGUUCCGGGACAGCUGCCGCCUGUUUCCUGAGGUCUUUGCAGCAGAGCUUGCCCAGCGGUACAAGAACAUGGGCACAGACCCCUCACCUCUGCCCACGUGUCCCUUCUGUGGUCUGGCUGAUGGUGCCUCUUCACAGGACCACUGGAUUUCCCUGGACUCACCUCAGCCCACACCAUUCUCAUGCCCCUGCUGCCAGUACCAGCAGGAAUAUUUUAUAUUAGAGGAAAAUGAUUAUUUUAGUGAUAGCAUAUAAAUAAAUAUAUUUC